CAAAAGUCUGUUAAACCCUAGAAUCAGGGUUCUGAAGUUUUGGUACCUCUAAUGGCGUUCCUUCAGAACUUUGCAUUUAUAUAUACUCCCUCUAGUUUCUUUCACUCAAUCUGUAAUUUGUUAUCCAACAGAAAAUAAGUCUGCAGUCGCAGUGAAUUCUUUCGGCUUUCCAUUUUAAUUGUAUCUUUUGUUUUUCAUAUUCUUCACCAUAAGAGUUGAUUUUUCUUCAAUAAAGAAUCGAGAUGUCCCAAAAUAAGUCUCAAGCCGUCAUAAUUCAAAACCCUAGAGUAACCUGGGAAGGUUGCAGUGUCUUGCUCGACAUCAAUGAUGGCGACCGUUUGGUUUUUGCUCGUCUCUCGGCCGCUUCGACACUCAAAAUUGGGAAUAAGAACUUCUCUCUGCAGCCCCUGAUUGGCUGUCCUUUUGGUUCUUCUUUUCAAAUCGAGAUCGGAGACAAAGGGCCGUUUUUGUCUCGCUUUGUUGCCUCCAUAGAAGGCAAUAAUGCUCAGGAGAAAGAGGACUUUGAAUCACAAGAAAUAUCCAAAGAUAAUCGAGCGUUAGUUGAUAAUAAUAAAGCCCAAAGCCUAACCGGUGAAGAUAUAGAUGCAAUGAGAAGACAGGGUGCAACAGGUGAUGAAAUAGUUGAUGCUCUUAUUAAAAAUAGUGCUACAUUUGAAAAGAAAACACUUUUCUCACAGGAGAAAUAUAAGCUUAAGAAGCAGAAGAAGUAUGCACCCAAAGUUCUUUUGAGGCGCCCUGUUGCUCGAAGCAUAUGUGAGGCGUACUUCAAGAAAUACCCUGCAAGAAUUGGAUUCUUGCGAGUGGAUACAUUAUCUCUUCUGCUUUCCAUGGCUAAUGUUUCUGCAAAUUCUGAUGUUCUCGUAGUGGAUAUGGUUGGUGGCCUUCUAACUGGUGCUGUGGCAGAACGUUUAGGAGGCACUGGUUAUGUCUGCGGCACAUAUCUCGGAGGUACACCCUAUCCUAUGGAUAUAGUAAGAAUAUUUAACUUCAGUGAUGAAGUUUGUAAUAGGAUUGUACGGGCUGCUCUCACUGAGCUCUCUUUAACCCCGACCGUAACUCUUGAACAAAUUCACCAGCAGGAAAAUGAACUUAACAUGGAAUGCCUGUCAAAUCCUCAAAUGUCUUCAUCAGUCAGCAUCGAAGAAAUUUCUCCAUCUGAAAAGGAGAUCUCAGUUCCUGUACCUGAGAAUGUUGUUUCUCUUGUAAAUAAAAUGGGCAAAUCUACGAAGGCUGGAAAUAAGGCUUCUCAACAGGCCAUUGAGUUGUGGAAGGAAAAUGGUUUCUCUAGCCUAAUAAUUGCCGCACCAGAGCUGGAUAUUUGGAGCCUGCUUCAAGAUAUUUGGCCACUUCUAUCAAAUUCAGCUCCUUUUGCAAUUUAUCAUCAAUAUCUUCAGGUUGCCCCGUGUGACUCCAGCUUAAUGCCAAGCUGUAUUCUCAUGAUGCCUCUUGCAACUUGCAUGCACAACCUGCAGCUUGGGAAAAUGGCAAUUGGCUUGCAAAUUUCAGAACCUUGGUUGCGUGAAUAUCAGGUGCUUCCAUCACGAACUCAUCCAUGCAUGCAAAUGAAUGCAUUUGGUGGAUAUAUUCUUAGUGGGACUAAAAUAUGUAGCAGCUAACCCCGGCUACAAAGGAGCUAAAUUGCUCAUUUCAUGGUCAUUUGCUCGUGUUGCUUCGUCACUGGCAUGGAAAACAGAUAUCUGUGGAAUGUACACUAGCUUUCAUCUAUUUAUUUUCUGUAAACUUGCAACUGCUGCAUUUUUUUCUUGCAUGGUUGCGUUCUGGUUGACAUUCUAUUUGCUAGUUGUGGCGGUUUUCAGUUUCAACUUAUCAUAAUGUCCAGUUGCUCCAGUAUUUAUAUUUAGUUGUGCACUUGAAUUAUCCGACAAUGUACAACACAUUUUGUCUCCCCAUUUUUUCCCCUACGUCUAAGAGUUAGGACCAUGUACAAUGGAAUGAUCUGAUAAUGUUUCCUUUUUAAGAUUUUAGAAGCCACGUUAGGUCUGGUCUGGCUUUGGUUUUUAAAGUUAAUGAAAGCUCAGUUCAUGAA